GGCGGCGGGCGGCGGGCGGCGGGUUGGGCCGGACUUCUGAGCACUGCCCCGCAGGUGAUCAGGGCGUCUGGGGCUCUGCCGCGCGGUGUGGACGCGCCGGGCUCGUCCGGCAGGCAACCUCGUUUUGCGGGACUCCGGCGAGGUACAGGGAGGUCCCUCCAGACUGGCAGCGUCCUUUACCGAGUGCUUACUGUGGGCUCCGUGCUAUGCUAAGCGCUGUAGAUGCACGAUUUCAGUUAUUUCAAACAAUCUAUGAAAUAGGUGUUGUUAUCAUCCCUGUUUUACUAAAUUGGAAAGCGAGGUUCAGGGAGGUUACAUGGCCCAUCCGGGGUCACACCUACAGUGUUUGUGAGCGUUUUUUCGAAGAGCAGUUCUUGUACACGACCCAGCAGUUGGACUUCCAGGUAUACAUGCAAGAGAAUUGAAAACCUAUCCCCACAAAAACCUGGACAUGAAUGUUCAUGGCAGUGCUGAACGGAGAAACAAAUGGCAGCCUAUCUGUGCGGUGGAAUGUUAUUCAGCCGUAAAAAACCAUGGAGUACUGACACACGCCACAACAUAAACGAGCGCUGAGAAACAUGCUAAGUGAAAGGAGGCAGUCACAAAGGACCACACGCUGUAUGAUUCUGUUUGUACUAAAUAUCCAGAACAGGGAGUUAAUUGGACAGCACGCAUUCAUGGCUCUACUGAGGUCAUCGCUCUCACUGGAUUCCAGUGAGAGCGACUCUGAAGAGUUGCCAACAUUUGCCUUCCUGAAGAAGGAACCGUCUUCAACAAAGAGGAGGCAGUCUCAGAGGGAGGAGAAGAUUGUUGUGGUUCACACCUCGGAUUCUGAAGCCUCCUGUCCUCCAUCACCAAGGUUGAAAGAUGUACCACCUACCCCAGACACAGCUGAAUCCAUCACACAAACAGAGCCAGUGAGGGUGCUAAGCAGUGGAAGUGAGGAUGAGGUAGAAUUAAUUCCCCUGGCUGAGAGGCUUGCAUGUAAGUUUUUGACCCGCAAGCCACUGAGCCCUGAGGACUCUAGCUCCCCAGUUAAAAGUGUAUGGGAUCAUCAAAAUAGUGAAGGAGGAUCCUGUGACUGGAAAAAAGAACCCUUUCCAAAGGUCCCUGAUAUUGCCCUCCGUGACACCUCAGAGAGAUGUGCAUCAAAUAACAAGGACCCUGCGGGAGACAGUCCAUGCCACCAGCUUCCAGCCUUCAAAGCUACCUGCCCUAUCCAGAACAACAGCUGGACAAAUGCUGAGGUCCCCCCACUUCAGAAGAGAACCAAGCCUAGCCAGGAGGUCCAGAGGAGCAGCUCGCAGGGACGCCAGCCGCGGAGACGAGCAAGCCCAAAGGAACGCACCCUGGAACAACAGGAGAGGACCAAGAAGGCAGCCAUGGCUAACAGGCCGAAAGCUCAGAGGCCUGAGGAAUGCCUAAAGCACGUGGUCGUGAUGCUGGAUCCAGUGCUUUUACAGACGGAAGGGGGAGGCCAGCUCCUCGGGGCGCUGCAGUCCAUGGAGUGCCGGUGUGUGAUCGAGGCCCAGGCCGUGCCCUGCAGCAUCACCUGGAGGAGAAGGGCUGCGCCAGCUGAGGAUGGACAGGAAGACUGGGUCGAGGAACCGAUGGUCCUGGUGCUGCUCCCGGCAGAAGCGUUUGUGUCCAUGGUCCGGAACUUCAAGCAGGGAAGUGUGGGCGGACCUGAGAAGGGGAAGGAAACACUGCGGAGCUUUGUGACCAACACCACGGCGAGGGCAGCUGGGAAAGCUCUGUCCCUGGUUAUUGUGGAUCAGGAGAAAUGCUUCAGUGCUCCAAACUCCUCAAGAAGAAGGAAGCAGGGAGUGGCAGAUAGGGAACAGGCCAAGGAGAAGCAGCAGAGACGACCAGAGGCCAGCGCAGGGCGCGUGGUGUCCAGAGUAGACGUGGAAGAGGCGCUGGUGGAUCUGCAGCUGCACACACGAGCCCAGGCCCGACUGGUGCAGACCUGGAAAGAGCUGGCCGACUUCGCAUGCGCACUUACCAAGGCUGUGGCUGAGGCGCCCUUCAAGAAGCUUCGAGACCAAACUAGCUUCUCCUUCUGCCUGGAGAGUGACUGGUCUGGAGGGGCAAAGGUGGACCGCACGGGCAGGGGACUAAUGCUGGUGUGGAGGAGACAGAUUCAGCAGCUGAACCGAGUCAGCCUGGAAAUGGCCAGUGCCAUCGUGGAUGCCUAUCCCUCCCCCCAGCUCCUGGUCCAGGCUUAUAGGCGGUGUCUGUCGGAGCAAGAACGUCAGAAUUUGCUCGCAGACAUACAGGUACGCCGUGGGGAAGGCGUGACUGCCACGUCCCGCCGGGUUGGACCAGAGCUAUCCAGGCGCGUCUACCUUCAGAUGACCGCUCUGCAGCCAGAUCUCUCUUUAGACGGUGCAGACUGAGGCCAGCCCUGGGGAAGCUGGAGAUUUCCACCUCACCCAGCUCGGAAGAGGACCAUGGGCAGAGGCUGGAAGCACAAGCCUGGGUCGGGCUCACAAGAGACUCCUUCCCGAGUGUCAGCAUCAGCAGAGUCUCCCUGACACCUUGGCACAGGCGGCUGAGAU